AUGAGUGACUGGUUUGUGGAUUAUGAGGGGUCGUGGUUUAGUACUGGACAGGUAUGGACAGCUGAGUCUGUAUCGUCGAGUUCAGAACCGUCGAGCAACUCGGAGCACUGGAUCGUAGUGACGGAUUUGGAACAGCCAACAGAUCAUGCUAGCAGCAGUGAUUGGGACGAAGACGUAUAUCUCAUGCCAAGAGACAACGUGCAGCCCAGCACAACGGUGAAUGAGUAUGGCGAACACAUGACAUGGCCAGUACAUUACCCUGAGGAGGAGAGAGUAGUGCCAUCUACCCAAAUCAUAGAGAUCAGUUCAGGCGAGACUACACCAAACUCUUGGGAUAGAGAUAGUCCACCAAGUGUUCUACCGCAUAUACCAAUGCCGCAUGUAUUUGCACCGGGAGGUGGAGUAUACCCGUACAUACCAACGGAGGAGAAUCCAACGGACUACGUGUACCCGUUCAUUGCCAGUGGCGUAGAAAGCAAUGAUCCAGCCGUUGCAGUUCAAAACGUAUCACCCAUGUACUGGACAAGGAAACUCAACGAGAUCGCUGGAUACACAUCAUCAAUGGAGCAUGGAGAAGGAAGCAUACCUCAAGAUCAAGGAGAAGCUAAUGCGAUAUGGUGUACAAUGUAUGGAGAACAAGAUGCACCAAACUCGGUGGCAGGCAAUGAAUAUCAAGUACCGGAUCUUAACCAAACCACGGAGGAAGGUACCGGAGAGAACGAAUGGCCACAAGACGAUGAAAGUCUUAACUUAGCAAGAAGGUGGGAUGAGAUAAUCGCCACAGAAUUGGAGAAUCUCAGAACAGAGGGCAAUGUUCUAGAGCAAAUGGUGUCAAGCCAAAGGGGAAGGCCUCCCAGAAGACUCGCGAGGAUGAGAGUCCCAGCACCGUCUCAAGUCACGCUACCAUGCGAUCAAUGUGGAGGGACAGGACAUCAUAGCCGAGCAUGUCCCAAUGUGCGAGUUAGAUCAAGGAUGAAUGAAAGGCAGAACAUUUGCCUUACAUGUGGAGAGAAAGGACAUUUCUCAGCAGACUGUCCAAGGAACUGCCCCAGUACUAGUCAACCCACCCGCUCAACCACAAAGAGAGAGAGGCGACCAGGGAGUGGAAGCCGUAGAAUGUAA